ACCAACUCGGCCAUAUCAACUUGUUGUUCAACAGUGACACAACAAAACCUAAGUCUUUUCCUUUGCUCUCUCGUCUCCUGUCUUCCUUGAGUACCCGUUGAAGGUCCGUCAGAGAAGCAGUACUUAUGAACAUUCUUACAUUCCAUCGAUUGUAAUUGCUUUCUUCAUCCCAAUCGAUACAAAACCAUAUGCAAUCUGCCUGUUCUUCUGUUUCCAAAUCCCUCAAUCUAUCUCCUCCAAUUUGUUUUUUUCGUUAGCUUACCAAUCUCCUAAUGAACCCUCCUCUGCUUCCGAGGCACGUAGCUGCGGUUAUAAAAUGCCAGAGAGACCCAAUGAAAGCGUUACAGAUCUUCAACUCGAUGAAAAAGGAGGAAACUUUCAAGCACACUCUGUCCACCUACCGCAGCGUGAUUGAAAAGCUCGGCCUUUACGGUAAAUUCGACGCCAUGGAGCAAGUUUUAGUUGAUCUGCGGCGGAACAUCGGCAACCAUAUGCUCGAAGGUGUCUACGUCGGUGUAAUGAAAAGCUACGGUAAGAGAGGGAGAGUUCAAGAAGCUGUUAAUGUCUUCGAAAGGAUGGAUUUUUAUGACUGUGAGCCGACGGUUUUCUCUUACAACGCUAUCAUGAGUGUGUUGGUUGAUGGUGGGUACUUUGAUCAAGCGCACAAGGUGUAUAUGAGGAUGAAGGACAGAGGGAUAACGCCUGAUGUGUACUCGUUUACGAUUAGGAUGAAGUCGUUUUGUAAAACGGGUAGGCCUCACGCUGCGUUGAGGCUUCUUGGUAACAUGUCUUCUCAGGGGUGUGAGGUGAGUGCGGUUGCGUAUUGCACGGUGGUUGGUGGGUUUUACGAGGGGGAUUUUAAGGUGGAGGCGUUUGAGUUGUUUGGAAAGAUGCUUGGAGCAAAUGUUUCUCUUUGCGUUAGUGCGUUUAAUAAGGUUAUGCACGUUCUUUGCAAGAAGGGAGAUGUUGAGGAGUGUGAGAAGCUGUUGGAGAAAGUUAUUAAAAGAGGGGUUUUACCGAAUCUGUUUACUUAUAAUUUUUAUAUCCUAGGGCUUUGUCAGAGAGGUGAGGUUGAUUCUGCUGUUCGUACGGUGGGUUGUCUUAUAGAGAAUGGACCAAAGCCUGAUGUUGUCACGUAUAACAAUCUGAUAUGUGGUUUAUGCAAGAGUGCCAAGUUUCAGGAGGCGGAGUUUUACUUAGGGAAGAUGGUGAACCAAGGGCUUGAGCCUGAUGGUUUUACAUAUAACACGUUAAUAGCUGGCUAUUGUAAAAGUGGAACGGUGCAGCUUGCGGAAAAGAUUCUAGGUAACGCUGUUUUCAACGGCUUUGCGCCUGAUGAGUUUACAUACCGCUCAUUGAUUGAAGGACUGUGUCACGAAGGCGAAACGAACCGUGCUUUAGCCUUGUUUAACGAGGCCUUAGGGAAAGGAAUAAAGCCUAAUGUGAUUCUUUACAACACGCUGAUCAAAGGGUUGGCCAAGCAUGGUUUGAUUCUGGAGGCUGCUCAGCUAGCGACUGAAAUGUCUGAGAAGGGUUUGAUCCCCGAGGUGCAGACUUUUAACAUACUCGUGAAUGGAUUGUGCAAGAUGGGAUGUGUUAAUGAUGCUGAUGGUCUUGUUAAAGUCAUGAUCUCCAAAGGGUACUUUCCUGACGUUUUUACGUUCAAUAUCUUGAUUCAUGGUUACUCUACAGAGCUGAAAAUGGAAAGGGCGCUUGAGAUGUUGGAUGUUAUGAUAGACAAUGGCGUUGUUCCUGACGUGUAUACUUACAACUCUUUGUUGAACGGUCUCUGCAAGACGUCCAAGUACGAAGAUGUGAUGGAAACGUAUAAAACGAUGGUGGAGAAAGGUUGUGGUCCUAACGUAUUCACGUUUAAUAUACUUCUGGAGAGUCUAUGCAGAUACAAGAAACUAGAUGAAGCCUUGGGGUUGCUUGAGGAAAUGAGAAGGAAGAGUGUGGAGCCAGACGCGGUUACGUUUGGAACGUUGAUCGAUGGAUUCUGCAAAAACGGAGACUUGGAUAGAGCGUACAAGCUACUCCGGGAGAUGGAAGAGAUUCACAAAGUCUCAAGCUCAACGGCGACGUAUAACAUCAUCAUCCGUGCUUACACUGAGAAGUUAAAUGUUGCUAUGGCCGAAAAGCUUUUCCGAGAGAUGGUUGGUCGUUGUCUUGUUCCUGAUGGAUACACGUACCGGGUUAUGGUUGAUGGUUAUUGCAAAACGGGAAAUGUUGAUUUGGGGUACAGGUUUUUGAUGAGGAUGAUGGAAGAUGGGUUUGUUCCAUCGCUCACAACGCUUGGACGUGUGAUAAACUGUCUUUGUGUGGAGGAUAGAGUUUUUGAGGCUGCUGGUAUUAUCCAUCGGAUGGUUCAGAAAGGGGUGGUACCUGAGGCUGUGAACACUAUUUUUGAUAUUGACAAAAGGGAGGUGGCUGCUCCUAAGCUUGUCUUGGAGGAUCUGUUGAAGAAGGGGUGUAUUACGUAUUAUGCUUACGAACUUCUUUUUGAUGGCCUUAGAGAUAAAAGGCUACGCAAGAAAAAGGGGUUCACAGUUGUAGCCGUAUGAAUCUGAUGCAGUGGCUUGUAACUCAACCACUGGGCUAAGUAGCUAAUGCCCCAAGUUGGUAACUCAACCACUGGGCUAAGUAGCUAAUGCCUCAAGUUGGAUUCAGUUUUAUUUUUGGUUCUGUAUGGAUACUCGGAGAAAGAAGUUAUCUGCUUUGGUUCCAUUUCUUCUUUCCCUUUAUGGUGAUGCUUGGCACCAGUGUGAAAGAAGCUGUAGUGACUGUGAGAAGCUGCACGAGCCUGCUGGAGAUGCUCUUGUCUAUAUUUCUGGAGAAAGGUCACCAACCUAUCAUGUGGCACUUCAACUUCUUUGAUCACAGGCAGCUUUUGCAGCUGCUCUAUCCAGUUGUAUAAAGUUGGAGUGUUCACUGGAUCAAUGAUCUCUACACCUAUUGAUUCAUGAAAAACUUUGUGGACUCCAAAACUAGCGAUGAUGGUGAUGUCCAAAAGCCCUACAUCAUCAUUCUCUCUGAUGAUUUUAUUCGGGAAAUGCUUCUUGAGUCCCUCUUCGAGAACUCUGAAUCUCUCUCUAGCCACUUCCACAGACCUUGUUGCAGCUUCGCCCUUUUGAUACAGUACUCGAGCCACGACGUCAAACACCUGCUACAAGAGAAAACAGUCAUUUUUCUACAGUAACCUUAUCAAUCUGAUGAGAGAAUAGAUCCGGGAAAAUACCUGCUGGUUUAUGUAGCUGACCCAGAACCGAACCUGGGCCCUUUCAUAAGGAUCCUCAUGGUAGAAACGAGGAGAGUUCUUCCAGGUUUCAUCGAUGUAGUCAAGAAUCACUUGUGUAUCAGCCACUGGCUUACCAUCAUGGACAAGAAGAGGAAUCUUCUUGAGAACAGGGUUGAGUUGAAUCAGAGACUCUGUCUUGUUCUUUAAAUCUUCUUCAACGUACUCGUAGGAUAUGCCCUUGAGUUUAAGGGCGAUCUCGACCCUCUUGGAGUAUGUGCUUGCCCACAUCCCAUGUAAUAUCACUUUGCUCUUCUUUUCCUCCAUCCCCUCUCUUUAUCAAUUCUUUAAUCAUAUGAAACCCUUUAUUUAGGGAUACAACUUUGUAGAAAAAGAAAACUCUUAAAAUAUAAAAAAGGAAAACUUGAAAACCAA